UGGCCAGCAGCGCUCGACAACUUCUUGACACUCAUAGCUGAGAGGAGCAGCCUAGUCAGCUUUCUACCCAUACAAUCGUUUGAAGCAAACCAUGUCCGCCCGAACUGUAGACAUUCCCCAGUCCGUGCUUGAGGACCUCAAGAACUUUCGCUUCAAGAACGCCAAGGGCACCACUGCAAUCUCUAGUAAUUCAGAUUGACUUGACUCCACUGUUGUGAAGAGGUUCUGACAGUUGGGGUGCAGUCAAGAUUGUCAAGAGCAGCUUGACGAUGGCGGUUGAUGAGGAGUUCGAGGACCAGAGUAUCGAGGAAAUUGCCGAGGAGCUCCCCGAGAGCGGUCCCCGAUAUGUGCUUAUCUCUCAUGAACUGAAACACCCGGACGGUAGAAUAUCAUACCCCAUCAUCUUGAUCAACUGGGCCCCGCCAUCCUCCCCUAUUGGACUCAUGACGCUGCACGCCUCCGCCCUGAGUUAUUUUCACCAAGUGUCUGAGGUAUCCAAGGUUCUGGAAGUCAGGGAUGGUGCCGAGGGCUUGACUACUGAGGCUGUGAAUGAGAAGUUGCUUGGGAACUAGGCGUUGUACAUGUGCUCGGCUUUUCACUGCUCUGCUAAUUCAAGGCAUCAAUGAGUGUCCGAUGCACAAAUCAGUCCUUAGCCAAUUCGGGCAUCGCUUCGAGCAGCUUUCGUCGCUUUGUGCUUCACCCCAAUGACCGGGUCUUUCGUUCCUUUGGUCGAUCAGAAGGUGUUAAGUUGGUCACACACCUGUACAGGCUACUGUAAAGGAUGGGGCCCCGGGUUAGGAUAUUCAAAGGACGUCGCGAUUUUGGGAGCCCUGCGAGAUAUCAUGGUCCAUCGAUGAAGAUGUUUAGAGGAUGGGCAUAGGCAAAGCGUCCCGGGAGAGCUAUCCCUGUCUCAGGGCUUCAAUUUGAGAAUCAUCAAGGCGGGCUCAUUGACUCCUUAGACCCCUUUGUGAAGUAUGCUUCGCUGUUGGGUUCUAUCCAUAUAUCUGGCGCAAAUCACUUUCCGUCACUGAUAGUAC